CAGUCGUGAUGGUUUACGCUAAUGAAAGAUACAUUAGAAAACUUGACAUCAUUAUCAAUUGUUUUUAAAUAAUUGCGUCAUAUUUUGCACUCAUCUCAUCUUGGGUCAAUUUAAGUCAUCUUUGUUCUUGUUUCCUUAAUUUGGUGUUGCGUUGUAAUGUGUCCGUCGGAUAUGGAAAUUGCCCCCUGGGCAUGUCUGGACAGUGGACAGCGCACUUACAGUUAUGAAACGCGCAAGACUGAAAUACAAUACAAGCAUCUGGGUUACGCAGCAGACGGUUACCGGCUCUCGUGUAAUCUUCGUAACUGCAAUCCAGUCGCCCUGCAGUCUGGGGUGUCUGAUCAGGAUAUUCGCGCAUCUUACCAGCUAAAAAGGGGGCGGUGAGGCAUGCUUCGCACAAUGCGACUGUGAAACGAUGAAGCCAUCACUGAGAAGCGCAUGUCGACUGCUCUGGAAAGUUCUAUGGAGCACAAAUACCUCAGUUAUUAAAUGCAUUAUCAUGUAUGAGCGUAUAUUAAAAGUGAAAGAAAAUGUAAUUUACAGAAUGUUAGGGACUUGGCUUCAGUCACCAUUCACUUCCAUAGCAUUUUUGCCCACACAUUAAGAAUGUAAAUGGGUAGGACUGUCAUUCUGUGUAACAUCUCCUUUUGGUUUCUUCACAUUUGGAAGUACAUUAGCAUGAGUAUAUGAUGACAGUAGUUUUAGUUUUGCGUGAACUAUCUCUUUAAAUACAGGCACACGUGAAAGCGUGCGGUUUGGUUCCUUGAAUGGACUUCAGAACUGACCUGUGCACGCGGGUCGCUGUCACGGCGACAUACUUGUCAAUCAAAAAUUAUUCGCAGUUUGCAAGGCAGUGGGGGAAAACGUCUCAAGUGUCUUAAAUGAGCAGUCCGACAAUUUUAACUAUAGUUCACACGUUGGUAACGGCGUAGUCACACUUUAAAGCUAGGCACACACGCCCCCUUGACUCCAUUCAAGAAAACGAAGUCUGUAAACUCACCUACGUGCGUUACACGUUUAUAAAAUUAAGUAAAAUAUUAAGCAGAGCUUUAUAUUUAAGUGUAUUUGUGUAUUAAUAAGUGUACUUGACAUCUGGCACGUCGUCUGGUCGCUAUUCAAAAUGACUCGGCGAUUUCGACCCUGGCGCGAACCGCUUUAUUUAAACAUGCGCUGUCACUUUAAAAAAAAUUCUGCAUACUCAUGGUUACAUUGAACUUCUCCUGUUACGUAACAAUACAUCGGUUGAUUCAUAAGAAGUACCGGCUGAAGCUUAUAGUUUGCCUUACUAUAAUGCAGAUUAUAUAGGGUUAUCUAAUACAAGAGGACAAUAUUAGUCACCAUCACUGGUCAUGACUAAGAAAGUCUAAAUCGGAUGAAGUGAUCUGGUUGUUUGUAUCUUGGGAGGGGGGUUUAUGGUUGUGUUUAUAGCUUUUGCAGCUCGCCAUUUGUUCUUUUUUUUGUGCAUGUAACAGGUGAGCCACUAUGGAGUUGUACAACAAAGACACAUUUUCUGAGGAUAUUCUGCCUGUUGUCAUUGUUGGUAAUGGACCAUCAGGGAUUUGUCUCUCUUAUUUGCUGUCGGGAUACACACCUUACCUUUCCCCCGAUGGCUUCCAUCCCAACCCAAUUUUGCAUAACAAGCUGACAGAGAAUCCUCAUCUGUCUUUGUUUGACCAGGAUCUGGAGUACCUGUGUGAGGGUUUAGAGGGCCGUUCAUCAAAUCCUGUGGCUGUGCUCUUCGAUGCCCUCCUUCUUCCAGAUGGUGACUUUGGGGUGGAUUGCGCCUCCCCGCUGAUAUGGAGACAUGAGCCGGAAAGGGCCACACCUCACCUUGUACUGGGGAAGGGACCACCUGGAGGGGCCUGGCAUGCGAUGGAGGGCUCAAUGUUGACACUCAGCUUGGCUAACUGGAUGGAACUUCCUGGGUUGAAGCUGAAGGAGUGGAUGAGAGAUAAACGAAGAAAUUUACGUAAUGACCGGGCCACACCAGCUGAGAUUGCGUCAUACUACCAGCACUAUGUGACUAAAAUGGGUCUGGAGAAGAGCUUUGCUUGCAGCACCACCGUAACCUCAGUGUCUCGGGUUUCCCUUGAAUCUGGCUGCUCCGUUUGGAUGAUCCAAGGCCUCCAGAGAAGAGCAAGCAGUGGUGAAGGAGAUGAAGUAAUUGAAGUCCCGUUCUCAGUUUAUGCAGAGAACGUGGUGCUUGCCACAGGAACCCACGACAUCCCGGCCCGUCUCGGCGUGGAAGGUGAAAACCUUCCCUUCGUGUGCCACAGCUUCUGGGAGCUGGAGGCUGCUAUUUCAUCAGGCCGCUUGGACCGUGCUUCAGAGCCGGUUCUUGUGGUUGGUGCUGGGUUGACGGCGGCAGAUGCCGUUCUCGCAGCUCACCACUUGAACACUCCUGUAUAUCACGCCUUUAGGCGACCUGUGAGCGAUCCGGCGCUCAUCUUCAACCAGCUUCCCAAGCUCCUCUACCCUGAGUACCACAAAGUGCAUCAAAUGAUGAGCCGACAGCAGCACAAAGUGGGUGAGACGGUGGUCAAUCUGUCCAACCAACCUCUUUCUUCACCUGAUGAUAGCACCAGCCCAUAUACCUGUUACCCUGGUUACCUUAGUUUCCCAAAGCACCAUGUGGCUGCCUUCAGACCUGAUGGCAAGUGUGUGCUUGAGGAUGAGAGGGGGAUACAGACAGUGCUGCAAGUCUCAAUGGCGCUCGUUUUGAUUGGUGCCCAUCCCAACCUGUCAUUCCUCCCAGAACAUGGUCGCCCACUAGCGUUGGACUCAGAAGAGUCGAUCAGUUGUCGGCGGAACCCACUAGAUGUGGAUCCAUACACGUAUGAGUGCGUGAAGGAGCCAGGGAUGUAUGCCGUUGGUCCGCUGGUGGGCGAGAACUUUGUGCGGUUCUUGAAAGGCGGAGCUUUGGCCAUUGCGUGCGAUAUCGCCCGAAAACAAAGUAACAAACUUCAAGAGAAUUGCACAACAAGCUCAUUGAAUAUUCAACUCACCAACUGCACAUUGGAAGCAUGAAAAGACAUUGACUUUAAAGGGGUGAAAAGAGAUCUUUGAUGUAUAGCUAUCUGGUACUUCCAAAAUCCACAUACUUGUCGGAAAAUGCUCAGUGGUUCUGCUCCAGCUGACACAAAGGAAUCAGUUGUUGAACAGUUUAUGACCACUCCGACAUGCAGAAUUGCAAGCGCACGGACACAGAUUUUUGUUGUUAAUGGCUAACUAACCCACCUCUGAACAUUAAUCUGAGUCUCCGGACACAGGGUGCUUUAACACUUCAGGGAUUUAUUUGUCCAUGGCUGCUCACUCAAAACACUACUCAUGUUCUCACAGCAAUCAUGUUCUGUUGUGCCAAAUUAACAUUUGUAAUCUCAGUGUUUUCAAAUCUAAUAUUUCCUUCAUCUAAGGAAAAACAAAACUAAUCUUUGCCAAGCAAAUGCUGCUGUUGUAUCAAUGUUGGUACUAACCUUCUUACUGUAGUCUUCAAUGAAUGUAUAAAUCAUAGUGGACCUAAAAAAUCUGAAAGAUCAUUGUAACAUUUGAUCUUCCAUACAUUGCCUUCCCAAGUAAAGCAUACAGUUGUAGUGAAUCGUUUAGUUAUACCAGAAUUAGGGCUCUUAAAAGUUUAAGACGUCCUUGUUUCAUGCUGCUGUUACUAACCCAAAGCCAACCUCAAGUGAGGUCAGACUGCACUUACAAAACUGACCACAAGAGGGCCUUUGCAUGCCGUGACUGAAGCCAGCAACAUUGCAUCAGACAUAAUGAUCCAUCAUGAUCUUAUUUGAAUGAAUGUUUAAUCCUACAUAAGCUUAUUCACCACUGCAUUAACUGGCAGGGGCCAAAUAUAUGGCCUCGAGGACCUUUCGAGUAAAUGACCUGCAAUGAGUGCCUGCAAUGAGUAGAAUACCUGUACAUUUAUUUAAAAUUUUGUAAGAUGUAAAUUCAAAUCAAAUGCAUAUCUUGUUCCUUCAAGAAAAUGAUUCUAGAUUCAAGGUUCUGAUGCAACCUCCUUUUUUCUAAUCUAAAAACUAUUUCUGCUGUAUUACUUGCAUGUAAGUUUUAAACCCUGGCAGCUCUGAUCAAACCAUGUUUGUAAAAAUAGUUUGUACUUUUUAAAAAAAAGUAAAAAUAUGUAGUUUAUCUGCAUGGGUUGUUGCAGUCAAAUACUAUUUAAAAAAUAAAAAAUGAAGCCUGAAAACAA